AUGAGUGCACUUAUCCUUUCAUAUCCAAAAUAGCAAGCCAUGUACAAUCCUGAAAAGCCAGCCAUACUGCUUGAAGGAAAUACUCAAUAAUCCAAUAAAGAAGUCAAAUAAUCGCAUUAACUAAAUGUGGUUGAUAGACUAUAUUAAUAAGAUGAAAAAAAGAAGACUAAAAUCAAAUUAUUAUAACAAGAAAAAGAUAGUUCCCUGACUCCUAAAUAGAAAUCAUAUGUCAAUAAACAGUCACAGAAACUUUUAAAUAAUUUGCAGUUAAAGCCAUUCUUGCAACGAUAGGAGGAAGUAUGGUAAGAGAAAAGGAUGAAAGAGGAAUUUUAAAAACUAUUAGUAGUUCAAGAGGAAGAACAAAUACAAAAAAACAUAAUCAUUCCUACAAGAUCUCUUUCUUAGUUUAUAAAGGAUUCCUAAAAUUGGGUUUAGUAUAAAGAAUAGAAAAAAUAACAUCUCCUUGAAGAAAGAAAAAUCCAAAAUGAACACUCAUUUAAACCUGCAUUAAAUCCAAAAUCGUUGCAGAUUGCAGAAGAAAAAAUGAAAAAAAGUGGUUUAAACUAAGUUGAUUAAAAGGAUCGAUUAUCUAUGCCUAAAAGAGACAGCAUACCUAACUAAAAGGAAAAUUACAAUCAUAGUCCUUGUAUAAAUCCAAAAUCAAGGAUGAUAGUAGAAAAAAACAAAUAACAAAGAAGCAAGUCUCCUUGGAAUCGGAAAUGA